GGAGCAGCUGGUCUUCGCGGCUCGCUCCCUCCUUCGCGCUCUCUCGCUCUCCGCCGCCUCCCGCAGGGCUGCGGGGCUCGGUGGCAUCUCUCGGGCGCGGCCCGCUGUUCUCGCCCCUGCCUCCGGGCCGCUCCCGCCCCCGGCGCCGCUCGCUUCCCCCCACCCGGACUCCCCCAUGUAUGACGACUCCUACGUGCCCGGGUUUGAGGACUCGGAGGCGGGUUCAGCUGACUCCUAUACCAGCCGCCCAUCUCUGGACUCAGACGUCUCCCUGGAGGAGGACCGGGAGAGUGCCCGGCGCGAGGUGGAGAGCCAGGCUCAGCAGCAGCUUGAAAGGGCCAAGCACAAACCCGUGGCAUUUGCUGUGAGGACCAAUGUCAGCUACUGUGGUGUACUGGACGAGGAGUGCCCAGUCCAGGGCUCUGGAGUCAACUUUGAGGCCAAAGAUUUUCUGCACAUUAAAGAGAAGUACAGCAACGACUGGUGGAUCGGGAGGCUAGUGAAGGAGGGCGGGGACAUCGCCUUCAUCCCCAGCCCCCAGCGCCUGGAGAGUAUCCGGCUCAAGCAGGAGCAGAAGGCCAGGAGAUCCGGGAACCCCUCCAGCCUGAGUGACAUUGGCAACCGACGCUCCCCUCCUCCAUCUCUAGCCAAGCAGAAGCAAAAGCAGGCAGAACAUGUUCCCCCAUAUGAUGUGGUGCCCUCCAUGCGGCCUGUGGUACUGGUGGGACCCUCUCUGAAAGGUUAUGAGGUCACAGACAUGAUGCAGAAAGCUCUCUUCGACUUCCUCAAACAUAGGUUUGAUGGCAGGAUCUCCAUCACCCGAGUCACAGCUGACCUCUCUCUGGCAAAGCGAUCUGUGCUCAACAAUCCUGGCAAGAGGACUAUCAUUGAGCGUUCCUCCGCCCGCUCCAGCAUUGCUGAAGUACAGAGUGAGAUCGAGCGCAUAUUUGAGCUGGCCAAGUCCCUGCAGCUAGUAGUGUUGGAUGCUGACACCAUCAACCACCCAGCACAGCUGGCCAAGACCUCACUGGCCCCCAUCAUCGUCUUUGUCAAAGUAUCUUCACCAAAGGUACUCCAGCGUCUCAUCCGCUCCCGGGGGAAGUCACAGAUGAAGCACCUGACAGUACAGAUGAUGGCAUAUGAUAAGCUGGUUCAGUGCCCACCGGAAUCAUUUGAUGUGAUUCUGGAUGAGAACCAGCUAGAGGAUGCCUGUGAGCACCUGGCUGAGUACCUGGAGGUUUACUGGCGGGCCACCCACCACCCAGCCCCCGGCCCUGGACUUCUGGGCCCUCCUAGUGCCAUCCCCGGACUUCAGAACCAGCAGCUGCUGGGGGAGCGUGGUGAGGAGCACUCACCGCUCGAGCGGGACAGCUUGAUGCCCUCAGAUGAGGCCAGCGAGAGCUCCCGCCAAGCCUGGACAGGAUCUUCACAGCGUAGCUCCCGCCACCUGGAGGAGGACUAUGCAGACGCCUACCAGGACCUGUACCAGCCUCACCGCCAACACACCUCGGGGCUGCCUAGUGCUAAUGGGCAUGACCCCCAAGACCGGCUCCUAGCCCAGGACUCGGAGCACAACCACAAUGACCGGAACUGGCAGCGCAACCGGCCCUGGCCCAAGGAUAGCUACUGACAGCCCCCUGCUGCCCUACCCUGGCAGGCACAGGCACAGCUGGCUGGGGCGCCCACUCCAGGCAGGUUGGAGUUAGACUGGCAUUAGGCUGGCACUAGGCUCAGCCCCCACAACCCCCUGCCCAGCCCCAGCUCCAAGGCUGCCUGUGGUCCCAAGGUUCUGGGAGAAGCAGGGGGCCCCCUCACCUCCUGGGCACAGUGACCCCCCUAGGCUCCCAUUCCAGGUACUAGCUGUGUGUGCUGCACCCCUGGCACCUUCCUCUCCUGCACAAGAAGCUGCCCCACUGGGCAGUGCCCUCAGGCCAGGAUCCCCUUAGCAGGGGCCUUCCCACCAGACUCAGGGAAGGGAUGCCCCCUCAAAUUGACAAGAGGGUGGGAGUGUGGGCAGCAUGGCAUGAGGAAGAAACAAGGUCCCUGAGCAGGCACUAGUCCUAACAGUCAAGGGACUCAGGGGUUGUGCUUUGGGGUCCGAGGGCCUCCAUUCACCUCACUGCCACACAUUAGAAAUGAGACAAUCAAAGCCCGACAGGGUGGCACUCCCAUCCAUCAGCUGGGGCAGGGCAUGCACACACAAGGCUCUGGAGCAGCAGGCAGGCUAGGCUGUGGCCAGAGGCCUCACAGCUGAAGCUCUUGAAGGGAAGGGCUCUCCUCACCCUGCCAGGAAGCUUCUUAACAUCUGACAGGAUCAGGGACCAGGACCAUGGUCAAACGCAAUGGCGGACGGGAGCCAACCUGGAUUGGGGGUUUGGAAAGGGAGGGCGUGUGUAGCAGAGAAUGUAUGGAACAGCUUUGGGGGCUUCUUUGCCCCCCUCAUUCUUUGCUCUUGCAUCCUGUCAUUUCUCUUCUUGGCCCUCAUGCCUCCUGGGGAGUAUGGACCCCAGACUUUAUUUCCUGAUUCAUAGCUGCUGCUUGUUAAGUUAGGGUUAGAUGGGGACAGAUAGGAUGCAGUGACAGCCCCCAGAGGCCCUGUCUACCCAGCUACCCUUGCCUUAUGGCUUUAGUGUGUGACCUACAGAGCAUGCUCCACAAGACCCUGCCCCACGUCACUGUCAUCACUAAUAAACACCAUGCACAGUC